GGCCUUGCCCGGAAGUGAUGCGUUGGCACGAGCUCUCCUACGCCGGAAGUAGCCCGCCCGGCAAGUGGGCCGUGCAGUGUGGGCGCCCGGCCUGCUGUCUUCAUGGUGGGCCCGUCUGGCGGCGGCUUGGAGAACGCCAACCCCCUGGUCUACCGGCGCCAGGGCGAGCGGCCCACCACGGCGCGCGAGCAGGAUGAGGGCCUGCCCGACGCUAUCGACGACCGCGAGAUCUUCGAUCUCAUCCGCGGCAUCCACGACCCCGAGCACCCGCUGACCCUGGAGGAGCUGAACGUGGUGGAGCAGCUCCGCGUGCAGGUGAGCGACGCCCAGAGCGCCGUGUCGGUGGAGUUCACGCCCACGAUUCCGCACUGCAGCAUGGCGACCCUCAUCGGCCUCUCCAUUAAAGUGAAGCUGAUCCGGUCCCUCCCGGAGAGGUUCAAGGUGGAUGUCCACAUAACACCUGGGACGCAUGCUUCCGAGCAUGCAGUAAACAAGCAACUUGCUGACAAAGAGAGAGUAGCGGCUGCCUUAGAGAACAUGCACUUGCUCCAGGUGGUGAACCAGUGCUUGUCGGGACGAUCUUAGUGCCUCUGUUUGUGUGUGUCUCUCUGAGCAUCUUCAAGGUCUGGUGGAGGCCGGCUUCUUGGCGAAAAAAGGUCUUUUACUUGUCAUCUGUCUACGCUGGAGUAAAAUAAAUGUAGUUCUUUAGCAAAAA